CGCAAAUCUACUUUCAUCGAACCGAUCUGAUUGGUUCUACUCCAUGGUAACAUCCAAUUCACAUGGCCGAAUCUGUGUACCCGACCUCAUCUGAUCACUACAUGUCUUUCUCGUCUCCUUAACGUAUUUCUCCAUAUUUCUCAAAGAUCUGCAACUCCCAUUCUCUUCCCUCUCUAAUCCCGAAGAAAUAAAGAAAUGAGCGACCUCGCCGAGCCACUAACGUCGACGAGCGAGUCAGGCUUGAAUCCCGCUCCGAAUCCGAGUACUCUAAUCCACCCGCGGCGAGAGCCUUUCGAACACGGGCUUCUCCCAAUCUCGAAGCUCAUCUUCACCGACCCAGCCCAGGCCCUAGCCCCGCUCAAGCAGAAAUUCUCAUCCGCUGGUCUCCGGGUCGACUCGUCUGCACUAGCCGACGCGCUACAGAUCUCUGUAGAACAUGCCCGCCUUGUCCUCGAUACCCUUGCUUCAGUUCUCCACUCCGACUUUGACCCGCUCACCAAGGCGCGCCCCGACGAGAUUGACUCUGUCGGUGCCGAUUGGCGCGAUAUUAUUCUGUUCCUUUAUAUACAAUCAUACAAGAAGCUAUUGCCAAAAACGCAUAAGGACUCCGCCGCUGUUGCCGAUGUUUGGCCAUCCACCUCAGCAUUCGAUGGAUACCUAUCAGCGUUGUCACUGCCACAGCUUGCGCGUAGCAAUAGUCGUCGUUUUAUGCCUUCACAGGCUGAUGAAGAGGCUCAUCAGUUAUCCUAUCUGCAAAAGCACAUGGCUAACAUCCUCUCUCUUUUAGCAGAUCAUGUGGAGGGAGAAAGCGAAGAAUCCAUGGUUUUAACCGUGGAAGGAUUUGAGCACCUGGGAUUUCUGAUGCACUUUGGUGACAAGGGAUCCGAAAGAGUUCCCUUGAGCCAAGCUACUUCUUUCUUUGCUGAUUCAGAUCGUGAUAUGCCUGCUGUACCUGUUCCUGCUGCGCAAGUCCAUGAUUGGAUCUCACAGAAUAUAGCUGCUGCAUUGGAACAUUUAACUGAAAAAGCUUCUGCAAAAGAUAACGGGUCAGCUAGUGCUUCUGAUCAUGAUAUUCCCAUGGCUGAUGUCUGCACAAGUUCCAUCAAAGCCUCAACAAGUGCUAGAGGUCCAUGCUUUAUUGAAGGGAUCUCUAAAUCCUCAUAUGUCAAGCAAGCAUCUGAUAUAAAAGGUUCUUCUUUAAAGGUUCUUAAUUGCCACGAGUCUGUAAUUUAUAUUUUAGCCCCUCUCAGAUAUGCCACUAUCUAUGGAUGCUCGGAUGCCACUAUAGUUCUUGGAGCCGUUGGUAAGGCUGUAAAAGUUGAACAUUGUGAACGAGUUCAUGUGAUUACUGCAGCUAAACGUGUCUGCAUUGCCAAUUGCCGUGAGUGCAUGUUCUUUCUAGGGGUUAACCAGCGACCACUUAUUCUUGGUGAUAACCAUAAGCUGCAGGUAGCACCAUUCAAUACAUUUUACUCAGAGUUGGAGGAGCACAUGGCGGAGGUAGGCAUUGAGGCAACAACCAUUAACAGAUGGGAUGAACCCUUGGCAUUGGGAGUGGUUGAUCCACAUGAUUCAUUAUCUCAUCCGGCAGGUGUCUCUGAUGUUCAAGCUGAGUCCGCCACUCGCCUAGACCCGGACCAGUUCACUAACUUUUUGAUUCCAAAUUGGUUUGGUGGGGAAUCUCAUGGGUCAACAAGAGAAAAUCCAUUUCAAUUACCAGAUGCUUAUAUGGCAUCUCAGCAGAAAAAUUUCAAGAAUUUAGGGGAGAUAAAACAGUCACUGAGGGAAGCUCCUCUUGAAGAAAAUCAGAAGCGGGAAUUGUCGGCUGCACUCCACGUAUUAUUCAAAGAUUGGUUAUAUGCUUCAGGAAAUAUCCGUCAGCUUUACUGCCUACAAGGUGACUGAUGUCGUAUGUAGGGGCAUGUGUUCACAAUAGUCAGGUGUUCUUUUCUUUUCCAACUUUGUCAAGUUCCUGCCAUUUCUUUUGUUACUACAGGCAGCUGAGAAUCAACACUUUGUACUUACAAAUCGUCCACAUUUAUGCAUCGACUCUGGUGCACAGAACAUACCAUCGCUAGUCCUCUACUCCCCUGUAAUAUUUCCUUUAUUCUCUUGAACUAGAGAAUAUUUACUGCUGUAAUAUCUAUUAAUAUAGGUUAGCAAUUUUUUGUGGUGGUUUUUGUUC